CAUAGAGUAAAGUUUUAUAAAUUGAUUUGUAUGUGUCACCUUAAUAGCAAUAAUAAUAAUGCUCAAUAAAAUUUUAAUAAUAACUCCUAAUAAGAGUGAAGAAAACCGUUACAAAUUGGGAGUUCCGGUAACAAAAGGGAUUGACGAAGGCGCGCAAUGUGUCGUGUCAUCAGCGCGCAAACAGCCGAACAGCAACGAAAUGACGAAUGAUUCAGGCCGCCCCACUCUCAGGCGCUAGCUCCACUAGAAUUUCUCUGUAACUUUUACGCAUACAUUUGAUCUGCAUUGGUGGAGGUUAUACGGACAUUGUCAUUGGAACCGAUGAUCAUGUUAUGAAACUUCUACAUUUCUCCCUUCAGUUUUUCAUGUUUUGUCGCCUUGACGUGGAUGGUCGUUGAGAAUGGAGUCGUUGAUGGAGCUAUGUGAUCUCAUCGCCGAGAACCCCAUUCAAUUCGAGAAGAAAUUAGUUUGGAUUUGUAGCAGGUGUCCAUCGGCGGAGGAACUUCUCGUUGGUUCUCCCUGCGUUUCAAGGCCCCGGCUGAAUGCCGUUCUCGCUGUAACUCGUUUCCUCUCUAGGUGCUCCAAUUGCGAAGAUGAAAGGCCGAAAUCCCUCGCCAUAGCCUUCUAUCGCUCCAUUCCUUCUUCUUUUAUCCGGUCGUUUUGGCCGCCUUCUUUCCGAGACGAUGCAAUUGCUUCCUUUUUUGACGAUUUUUUAGGGUAUCUCUGCAAAGCAUCAGAAAUGUCUCCGGAUCUUGCUACAGAUGUUGGGCGAUACACAGGGGAUAUAGUGACAUCAGCAGUAGCCAACUUGAGCGGAGACACAAGGAUAUCAAAGACUUUCUUGGAUUCCAUUGUUGGGAACUUUCCUCCUAUAGUCCCCUUGGAUGCAGAUAAGUUAAUUUCCACUCUGAUUGAGAGGUUUGAGAUCCCAGUCCCAAGAUCUCCAAGAGAGGCAGCUGGUAGCAAUGGAAGCAGUGGUGUCUGGAAGAGCAAUGUGGAAUUAUUGACUUCAAAUAUGGGCGAUGUUGAUGAUGGAGGAAGAACCACAGCCCCUAGACAAACCACCUCUUCUUUGGAGGAGGAGCCUAUGGUGAGCCUUGAGAAACGAGAAGUGGCUUUUAGAUUGAUAGGGCACAUAAUGGAUAAAGUGCCAAUUGACGCCACACUUUUGGAACAAGUGAGAGGUAUUGUCAGGGAUCAACUGCAAGCAAUGGUGUCAUUUCUAAAGAUACGGAAAAGUGAUUGGUCAGAUCAAGGACAAUAUCUGAAAGUUAGGAUCAAUACGAAGCUCUCAGUUUAUCAAGCAGCUUUAUGGCUACAGAUUAAGACCCUUCCAUCUCUUGAUUCUGAUGGAAAGUCAUCAAAGAGGUUGCUGCAUGGAGCACUUGCACUCUUGAUUGAGGCGGCUGAAGCAUGCUUGCUGUCAAUAUGGAGAAAGUUAAGAGCUUGUGAAGAGCUGUUCAGCUCUCUGCUUUUUGGAAUCUCCCAAGCUGCUACUGCUCGCAGUGGUCAACUACUCCGUGUUUUGUUAAUUCGGUUUAAACCUCUUGUGCUUGCUACAUGUGCCAGAGCUGACACUUGGAGCAGCAGCCAGGAGGCCAUGUUUGAGAGUGUCAUAAAGACAAGCUGUGAGAUAAUUGAAUUUGGCUGGGAAAAGGACCGGUCUCCUGUGGAAACAUUCAUAUUGGGCUUAGCUACAUGUAUUCGGGAAAGGAACGACUACGAUGAAGAGCAAGAGAAGGAGAAACAGGCAGCUCCUGCUGUUCAACUAAAUGUUAUACGGCUACUAGCUAAGAUCAACGUCUCAGUUAAAAAGCCUGAAGUCGUAGACAUGAUUUUACCAUUGUUUGUUGAAAGUUUAGAAGAGGGCAAAGCUUCAAUGCCAGGAUUCCUAAGGCUCCAACUUCUUGAUGCUGUCUCUCGUAUGGCGAGUUUAGGCUUUGAAAAGUCCUACCGUGAAGCUAUUGUUCUGAUGACACGCAGCUAUAUGAGUAAACUUGCUUCUAUCGACUCAGCUGAAAGUAAAGAUUUACCUGAAGAAGCCACAAAAGAACGUAUAGAAGAUUUCUUCAGAUUGCAAGUGGUCUCACCAACCCCAAGUUGCGGACAGAUUAUCGCCACCGUUUGCUAUCAUUAUGCUCAGAUGUGGGGUUAGCUUGUGAGUCAAAAAAUGGAAGGAGCGGAGCAGAUUGUCUUGGGCCUUUACUUCCUGCUGUAGCGGAAAUGUGUUCUGACUUUGAUCCCACUUCAGAUAUUGAACCCUCACUUCUAAAGUUGUUUAGGAAUUUGUGGUUCUACAUUGCUCUCUUUGGUUUAGCUCCUCCAGUAACGAAAAAUCAGACUACUACAAAAUCUGUGUACACUGCUCAAAACAGCGUUGGAAUUACGGGAGCAACUGUACUUCAAGAAGUGGCUGGAUCAGAUGGGAAUGCUCAGUGGUCUUUUGCUGUACAGUGCAUUUCACAUGGGACCCCACCACUUGUUGUGAGCUCUGUGAAAUGGCUUGAAGAUGAGUUGGAGCUCAAUGCUCUUCACAACCCAAAUAGCCGAAGAGGAACUGGAAAUGAGAAAGAUGCUCUUAGCCAGAGGGCUGCUCUUUCUGCUGCAUUAGGAGGUCGUGUAGAUGUUUCAGCAUUAAGCACCAUUUCAGGCGUGAAGACAACUUAUCUACUUGCGGUGGCAUUUUUAGAGAUAAUACGAUUUAGUAGCAAUGGCGGAAUCCUGAAUGUGCACCCUAAUUCAACCGCUUCUCGAAGUUCUUUCAGCUGUGUUUUUGAGUAUUUGAAAAGUCCUAAUCUUAUGCCAGCAGUUUCCCAGUGCUUGGUAGCAAUUGUACACAGAGCUUUUGAAACUGCAUUAGGGUGGCUGGAGGACCAAACAUCUGGGACUGGGCAUGAUUCUAAGACUAGAGAAACUACUCUAUCUAUUCAUGCAUGCUUUCUAAUAAAAAAUUUAAGUCAGAGGGAUGAGCAUGUGCGAGAUAUCUCAGUCAAUUUGUUGAAUCAACUUAGAGACCGAUUCCCUCAGAUUUUGUGGAACUCUUCUUGUCUGGAUUCACUACUACUCUCAGUUCAGAAUGAUCCUUCUUCAGCUCUCGUCAAUGAUCCUGCUUGGGUUGCAACUAUUCGCUCUUUAUGCCAAAAGACGGUUCGGGAAUGGAUAAUUGUUUCUCUAUCAUAUGCUCCAUGCACUAGUCAGGGCCUUCUUCAGGAGAGGCUGUGCACCGCAAACACCUUGCAGAAAGCACAGCCUACUACAGAUGUUGUUUCACUUUUAUCUGAGAUCAAGAUCGGUACGGGUAAAAAUGAUUGUUGGUCUGGCACAAAGACUGCAAAUAUUCCGGCAGUCAUGGCUGCAGCAGCUGCAGCUUCUGGUGCCAAUUUGAAAUUGACAGAAGCAUUUAACUUGGAGGUACUAAGUACGGGUAUUGUUAGUGCUACUGUGAAGUGUAACCAUGCUGGAGAAAUUGCAGGCAUGAGACGUUUAUAUGACACCAUUGGUGGAGUGGAUUCUAUUCCCACAGUUGGAAAUGGAGAGGUUGCAGCCUUGGGAUUGAAAUCUCUCUCUCAGAACCCACAGUCCAAAAAUGGCUCUUUUUGUGAAGUUUUGCUUUCAAGAUUUGUACGUUUACUCCAGAAAUUUGUUAACAUAGCAGAGAAAGGUGAUGUGGUAGAUAAAUCAUCAUUCCGAGAAACAUGCUCUCAAGCUACCGCUUUGCUUCUUUCAGAUCUGGGAUCAGACAGAAAAGCAAAUAUUGAGAGCUUUUCAAAACUUCUGCGUCUUCUUUGCUGGUGCCCAGCUUAUAUCUUAACACCUGAUGCAAUGGAGACUGGUAUUUUUACUUGGACGUGGCUGGUUUCGGCUGCUCCUCAAUAUGGUCCUCUUAUCCUUUCUGAAUUAGUUGAUGCAUGGUUGUGGACAGUUGAUACUAGACGAGGUCUGUUUUCAUCUGAAGCACAAGCUUCUAGUCCUGCUGCUAAAUUAAGGCCUCAUCUGGAUCAUGGGGAGCCAGAAUAUCUUCCUGUAAAGGAUCAUGUUGAACAAAUAAUGGCCCACAGACUAUGGCUUGGAUAUUUUAUGGACCGCUUUGAGGUGGUUCGCCAUGAUAGUGUCGAGCAACUUCUAUUACUUGGUCGAUUGCUGCAGGGAACCACAAAGCUACCCUGGAGCUUUUCACGUCAUCCAUCUGCAACUGGAACCUUUUUCACUCUCAUGCUUUUAGGGCUAAAAUUUUGCUCUUAUAAAUAUCAAGGUAGUCUGCGGAAUUUCAGGGCUGGGCUUCAACUACUGGAAGACAGGAUUUACAGGGCUGCAUUGGGUUGGUUUGCUCGUAAACCUGACUGGUAUGACAUGAGAAAUAAUAAUUUCGCCUUGAGUGAGGCUCAAUCUGUUUCCGUGUUCGUCCAUCAUCUUUUAGAAGAUCCAUCAGAUAAUCUACUUGAUACGAAGGGUGAUAAACCUCAAAAUGGAAGCUCUUUGAAUGAUAUGAAAGAUCAAUAUCACCCAGUUUGGGGUAAGAUUGAGAAUUAUGCAGCUGGAAGAGAUAAACGGAAGCAGUUACUUUUGAUGCUAUGCCAACAUGAGGCUGAUAGGCUUGAUGUUUGGGCACACCCUGUUGCUAAAGAAAGUACUUUGCGGCCUAAAAUUAGCUCAGAGAAAAUGGUUGAGUACACUAAAACUGCCUUUUCUGUUGAACCUCGGAUAGCUUUUGGACUUGCUUCAAGGUUUCCCACUAAUAAUGCUCUGAGAGGUGAAUUGACCCAAUUGGUUCAGUCACACAUAGUGGAGAUUCGUAGCAUACCUGAAGCAUUGCCGUACUUUGUCACUCCGAAAGCCAUCGACGAAAAUUCUGCACUUUUGCAACAAUUGCCGCACUGGGCUUCCUGUUCAAUCACAAUGGCUUUGGAGUUCCUUACACCUCCAUAUAAGGGACAUCCUCGUGUGAUGGCUUACGUUCUUAGGGUGCUGGAAUCUUAUCCUCCGGACUGUGUGACGUUCUUCAUGCCUCAACUGGUGCAGGCAUUAAGAUAUGAUGAAGAGAAAUUAGUGGAAGGGUAUUUACUGAGAGCCACCCAACGGAGUGAUGUAUUUGCUCAUAUUCUGAUAUGGAAUUUACAGGGAGAGACCUGUGAACUGGAGCCAGGAAAAGAGUUAGGCAAAGAUGCUUCUGUUAAGAACAAUGAAUUUCAGGCUUUACUACCUGUGGUUAGGCAGCAUAUAAUUGAUGGUUUCAACUCCCAUGCUCUAGAUGUAUUUCAGAGAGAAUUUGAUUUCUUUGACAAGGUCACAUCCAUAUCUGGUGUUCUUUAUCCAAUUCCAAAGGAGGAGAGACGAGAUGGGAUUCGGAGGGAGUUGGAGAAAAUUCAGGUGGAAGGAGAUGACCUUUAUCUCCCUACUGAUCCCUGUAAACUUGUCCGGGGUAUUCAAGUUGACAGUGGAAUUCCCUUACAAUCAGCCGCAAAAGUUCCUAUCAUGAUAACAUUUAAUGUUGUAGAUAAAGACGGGGAUCAAAAUGAUAUAAAGCCUCAGGCAUGCAUAUUCAAGGUUGGAGAUGACUGUCGGCAAGAUGUUCUUGCUCUACAAGUUAUUUCACUUCUCAAAGAUAUCUUUGCAGCUGUUGGGCUAAACCUUUAUUUGUAUCCAUAUGGAGUUCUCCCGACUGGUCCAGAGAGAGGAAUAAUUGAGGUUGUACCCAACUCGAGGAGCAGAAGUCAAAUGGGGGAGACGAAUGAUGGUGGUUUAUAUGAGAUAUUCCAACAGGACUUUGGGCCGGUUGGUUCUCCCAGUUUUGAAGCUGCCCGCGAGAACUUCAUAAUCAGUAGUGCUGGCUAUGCAGUUGCUAGCCUGUUGCUUCAACCGAAGGAUAGGCAUAACGGGAACCUUUUAUUUGAUAACGUUGGUAGGCUUGUUCACAUUGAUUUUGGAUUUAUUCUCGAGACAUCUCCUGGGAACAAUAUGAGAUUUGAGAGCGCUCACUUCAAGCUGAGUCACGAAAUGACUCAACUAGUUGACCCCUCUGGGGUGAUGAAGAGUGAAACCUGGUUCCAAUUUGUGAGUUUGUGUGUGAAAGGCUACCUCGCUGCUCGUUGUUACAUGGACGGUAUUAUUAACACGGUUGUGAUGAUGCUAGACAGUGGGUUGCCUUGUUUCAGUAGGGGGGACCCAGUUGGAAACCUGCGGAAGAGGUUUCAUCCUGAAAUGAGUGAACGUGAGGCGGCCAACUUCAUGAUCCGUACAUGCAAUGAUGCAUACAACAAGUGGACUACUGCCGGGUAUGAUCUGAUUCAGUAUAUUCAACAGGGUGUUGAAAAAUGAACCUUUUUCACUUCAUCACCUCUCUCGCCUUAUGGAGGGAGCAUAUAUUUUAGCAAUUAGCGCAGUAAAUAGAGUGGUCUGGGCUUAGGAAAAGACAAUGCAAGUUAAUAGGAUGGUUCAAGCAGCAUCAGCUUCUGGCUCAUGCUGAGGCUGGAAGCAAUGUGUAAUUCUAUUUAACAGAGAGAUUCUUUCCAGUAUCUAAAAUGUAAAUCGUUCAUUCAUUAGGAGCAAUAAAGUUUUUGACUUGGUAACCAAUCAGUAACAAGGGUAAUGCUUUAAUAUUUCUCCUCCCUUGAUUACAUUAGGUUUGCAAAUAUGAGUGUUUUUAAUGGGACUAAAGUUUUCUAAUCAAGUUUGAUUUAGUUUGGUGUGU